AUAAAAAAUUAAAAAAAAAAAAUCGACAAUACCUAGCAGCCAUUGGAGAGCGUAAAAAUUAUUGCGCUUUCAAUUUAAUUUCGAUAUUUCGAUUUAUUUUUAAUGUUAUCAGAACACUGUGCAACGCCCAAGGCGUUCAAUAACUCUCCAGCAUCCACAGCAACGGCCACCUUGACAAAUGCUUCAAGCACUUCAAUAGCGGCCCUCAAACGCAGUUCAAAAGAUGAACAUUUUCUACUCAGCUCAGAGCCUAAAACACAAUUUAACUCUACACAAAACUUUCAUCAUCUAUCGUCUGUGGCUGCAACUGUUGUUGUUGCAAGCGGCACCAACUCUAUCUAUAGCUCAGCUAAGCCCACAACAACACCAACAACCACAACGCGAAUUACAAAAACCACUAGACCAACAACAGUAUCACAUUUCAAUCGCUAUCCAAUGACUAAACAAUUGUCAACCGCCACAGCGCCACCACCACCACCGCCCUCAAAUCACAAUGGAGUGAAUGUUGUAAACGGUGGGGGUGGUGGUGUAGCCUUCAGCAGUAGUGGCUCAUCUAAUGCAACCGCUGCUGCUGUUCCAGCAGGAGGAGGGGGAGGAGGAGGAGGAGUAGUAGCAUCAACUAUGAUAAAUGGCAACUCUUUUGCGGCAACUUUUUUGCACAACAACAAUUUGACACCCACAAUAAUAUCGCCCACUGCCUCACUGUCACCCACAGCAACGGUGCCGCCAAAUUUGUCAUCCACUGCAACAAAAUCGCCAACAACAAAUGCGCCAUCAAAAACAACAGGCACCAUACCCAAGAAAUGUCUAACGCGUCAAACUUCAGCGACAUCUGCAACAAUGAUGGCCUCGAUGCCAAAUGUUGUGGCAGCAACAGCGACAGCACCAUCACCAUCAACUCUGCCACCUCCAAACAGCACUUUAACAUCAGCUACAACAACAACAACAACGCCAACAGUUAGUUUGACAAACCAUUCAACAUCGCUGGCAAGUCAAACAUCAACUUCAACGCCAUCUGUGGCCAACAUCAAAUCCUGUGAGAGCAGUUCCAAGUUGGCUGCCGCGGAGGCAGCCAAGAAGGCCUCAGCCGCUUCCUCCUCAUCAUCCUCGUCCAAUGAUGCCAAUGGUCGUUCGGCGGCAUUAGAACGCGCCUAUGUCCAUGAUGUCUAUGAGCAUUGUGAAGAGCCCACGGGUUCACUGCGUCCCCGAGUGGCUCAAUUCCUUAGUAAUCUUGAGGCUGGCUCUGUGGUGUGCGAUGUUGGUUGUGGCAGUGGCCGUUACCUGACCCAAUGCAAUCCCUCAAUAUGCACUGUGGGUGUAGAUCGCUGCUAUCGUCUGAGUCGUGUGGCCAAAGAAAAGGGAGGAGAGGUUGCUCUUUGUGAUAAUCUCGAGUUACCCUUUCGAGACGAAUCGUUUGAUGCGGUACUCUCCAUAGCGGUGGUACAUCACUUUGCCACCACAGAACGAAGAGUGAAUGCUCUGAGAGAAUUGGCUCGUAUCCUAAGAAUUGGUGGUCGAGUUGUGAUUACCGUAUGGGCCUUGGAACAACGUCAUAGACGCUUUGAAUCACAAGAUGUUCUAAUACCAUGGCAACCACCUAAAAAUCGUAAUUUUAAUUAUUCCGAUGAAGAAGACGAUGAAGACUAUUUACCACCCUAUCAUGCCUAUACAGAGGAUUCAACGAAUUCAAGUCGAUCAGCGGGAGAUGGGGAUAGUUCGAGUUUGUCUUCAUCGUCACCGGGUGAAUCGUGUUACAGUUUUGUGAGGAGAGCAAUACAGAAAUUAGCAGGUGGCCGCAAACAUGCCUGGUUCCUUGAGUCCUGGACAUCCAAAGAUACCAAAAACGACAGCAGCAUGGACUACGAAGAUGCCAAGGACUUACCCAUCGAAUUAAGACGUUUAGAAGACUUUGAGGAUUUUACUGAUCCACCACUAUCGGCGGGUCUAAAAUCACGCAGUCUGGGUAGUAUACUCAAUCCACCACCACGACAAAUUGUACGCUCACGCUCAAGUGUACCCAGUUUAGGUGGUCCACUAGUUCAUGUCGACAAUGGCGGCACAAAUGGUAAAAAUCUACAAUUUCUCGAUGCUCCUACUCACAGCUACUCUGGGGCGGCGAAAAAUGGUAACUCCUCUUCGACGCCGUCUAGCCAUUCCAAUGGCCAUUCACCCACAAAUCAUCCGGCCGCUACCAGUUCCUCAUCUCCCAGUUCGUUUAUGUCACCCUCAAGCCUAAGUCGCCGUCCCAAGCUCAUCAAACAAAAACAAUCGCUGUGUGAUGAAGACUAUCAACUGCCAGAUGCCCCUUUCCACAUGCUGAGCCAUUACAACAUGAACACGAAUGGCGUGAGUAGUGCUCUCUUCACCCGAAGUUCCAGUGCUACCACCUCCACGCAGCAGAGCCACUUGACCACUCGCCAAAUGAGAAAACAAAGUUCUCUCAACGAAGAGCUCAUGGCUGGCAAUCGCAUAAGGGAAAAGGAGCGAGUACGCAAGAGAAUCCAGAAGCAAAUGUCUCUCAACGAGGCCUUUCUGUGCCGUUCGGCACUUUUCUCGCGCAGACUUCAGGUGAUUCGCGAGGGUUUUACGAGUAAAAUCAAAAGUUCCACUGGCAGUUUGGAACGAGUCACCAAAACGGGUAUUACCAAAAUCAUGCAAAAUCUCAAGACCACCAAUGAGGAGAAGUCCCCCAGCAAUGUGGGCCCCAAUGUGGUGAAGGCCUCCAAGGCUGCCAUGUGCACACAUGAACAUCAUCACCACCAUCAUCAUCACUAUCAGCAGCAGCAGCAGCAACAACAACAACAACAAAACUCUCCCUUAGUUAGCAAUUUCCAGACGCAUCUGCACCAUCUGCUGCAUCGUCAGAACACCACUCCCACUUCAGCAGCAACAACGACCAACAAAUUCGCUGGGCCCGUGACCAUAUGUAAAAAUCUGGAAUGUGCAGCCACAGCCUGCUAUUGCCAAACUUAUCAUCAGGGCUGCAGCCAAUGCAAUGCGGAGAGCAGUGAAGAGAAGGCACGCAGGCAUUCGCGGGAGUCCGGCUCAGAUUCCUCCAAGGACAGUAGUCUGCAGUCCGAUACAAGCAUAGAGUCCGAGGAUAGUUUUGCUUCCGUUAUCUUCAUACCAAAGCCAGAACAGCAUCAGCAGCAGCUGAACUAUCAGAAGCAACAUCAGAAUUCCAAUUCCAGCUCAAGUAAUUCCUCAUCCAGCAAUGGGGGUGGGGGCGGUGGCUGUCAUGUCCACAAGACCUGCUGUCAGAGUCGUUGCGUAUCCUCAUCCUCGACCCUGGGGGGUGCAGGCGGUCAAUGCUGUAAACUGGAUAUGAAUGGUCAUCGAAUUUCAUCAGUGCCAACCUCACCGCUAAUAAUGCCCUGCCCUCCCACACCCGCCCACUCACCAGCUGCUGCUCAGACUCAGGUCACCUCGCCACCGCAAUCAGUGCCAGCCGUUAUAGCGGCCAUGGCCAUGUUUACACCACCACUGAAAAGUGCUCUCCAGCUGGAGCGGGCACAUAGUGUUGCAAGUGAUGCCAGUGAUGAGAAAACGAACUUAAAUGGCAUCAAUAAGACCAGAUUUAAUUUUGAUGAGGCCCACAUCAAGCAACAGGAAACCAAGGACUUGAUGCAACAGCAGCUGCAACAGCAGACUCAAAAAUCUGAAACACAAUUGGUGGUAAGGCCAGCAGAACGUGCCCAGGAGAUGAAGGAGAAUAGCAGGCAACCCCUAGCCACCAAUUCCCUGGAGCCUAAAAUAACACGGCAGACCAUAAAAGAUUUGCCACCCAUACCGAAAUUUCGCAAACAACAGUCUUUGCAAAUUAGUCGGCAAAAUUUUCCCAUUGUGCGAAGAACCACAACUGCGACCGGGGGUUCCGCUAUUGCUGCCAUACCCAAGCUUAUGUCUUUGGAGUUAUUCAACCCGGCCACCGAUGAUUUGGACAGUGACUCCAGUGAGCCCUCGUCCCCCGAUUCGGUGGACAGUGUCAUAAGUGCCCCACGUUCCAAUGCCUUGACCGCUGCGCCCAGUUUAGAUCAAACAAAAGACCUAAGUCCCACGGCCUCCGAAAAGUGUUCAGAUGCCACCGCUCAAAAUCAAAAUGAUACCCCCGCAGAGAAAGCCAAGUCCCUAGGUGCUGCCCAAGACAUCAUAGUCAACGAUGAUGCCGGCGAUAUAGUGCCCACCAAAUACGGUGGCCAGCAGACCAAUCCUCCUCAGGAUUGUGCCGAAUUUGCCGAAAAGCUUAGUGCUCAACUUAUGCGGGAAUUGGAAGAGAAGACCCACAAGGCUGAGGCCAAAUCGCGCAGUCUGGAAAGCAUGAACGAUGAUCUGUUUGAUGAUCCCUUUGCCCCCCAGCCCACAAGAAAGCGAAACGGGGAAAAGGAUUUGGCUGCCCUGCGCGAUGAACUGCGCGAACGACGCCUAAUGUUGGCCAAUCUUUCCACUCAGCCCAGUUUGAAUCAAUCGCCCAACUCCUCCUCCACGUCUUCGCUGUCCUCACAAACCCGCAGCUUUACCAUACACGAAGAGGACGAAGAGGAAGACGAAGAGGAGCAUGAGCGCAGCUAUUCCCUGCAACUCUAUGAGAAUUGCAAAAUCUCCAAACUGAACUAUAAGCGCCAUCUGCAGAGCAACAAUCUUCAUCCUGAAACCACAUAUCUUUUGCAGGAUGAGGAUUCAUCCUUCAAGGAUGAGGAGGAGGAGAAUGAGUUUGAAGAAAUCGAACAUGAUGUCAUACCCGAAGAGGAUGAGGAUGAUGAAGAUGAGGCCAGCCAGGACAAUGACCGUUCGUCCUCCAAAACCAAGGACAACACUCUCAAAUGUGAUUCUCUCGAUGACAAAGAAGACGAAACGAAAAAGAGUUCCGGCGAAGAGACCACUUUGCAAAAUCGCAAUCAAUCCACCGAAUCGUGGGAGCAUUCGAACAGUUCGACCACAUCACUUGAUAGCCCAUCACAAGGUGGCGCCACUACACACCAUCGCUACUAUCACGUCUUUCGUGAGGGCGAACUUGAUGCAUUGAUCAAUCAUCAUGUCGCCAGCUUGCAUAUUGUCUCGUCCUAUUAUGAACGAGCCAGUUGGUGUGUGGUCGCAGAAAAAGUGCAAGUAUGGACAAUUUGAGUGGUUGGUUGGAUAGAGUACUAUUAUUAUUAACACUAAACAGAGUUGGUGGAUGUGUGUGUGUGUGAACUCGGCAUUUGGUACUUUUAAUUAUCAUAAAUAAUACAAAAUAUAAUACGAAAAACUCAAAACAAAUC